AACUAGUAUAUAUAAAAAGAUGACAUUCGACUAUAAAUUAAAACUUGAAAAUGCAUCACAAUUAGUUAUCGUUUCAAAAAACAAACCAUUUUUAGUUGGUAAAGAAAUGAGCGAUAUUGAAAUUUUAGAAAAUGGAACUAUUAUCAUUAAUAAUGAUGGUAUUAUUCACGAUAUUGGAUCAUCAAAAGAAAUGGAAGAAAAAUACAAUGGAAAAACAUUUGAAAAUAUUAUAGAUUGUAAUGGUAGAGCAGUAUUACCAGGUUUUGUAGAUGGUCACACACAUCCAGUAUUUAGCGGAGAUCGUGUACACGAGUUUGCAAUGAAGUUAGCAGGUGCUACUUAUUUAGAAGUUCAAAAAGCAGGUGGUGGUAUUACAUUCACAGUAAAUCAUACUAGAAACAGCACAGAACAAGAAUUGUAUGAUUUAUUAAUUCCAAGAUUAGAUAGAAUGUUAAAGAGUGGAACUACAUUAAUUGAGGCAAAGAGUGGUUAUGGUUUGGAAACAGAAACAGAAAUGAAAAUGUUAAAGGUUUUACAUAAUGCCGCAAAGAAGCAUCCAGUAGAAAUUGUAUCAACCUAUCUUGGUGGUCACUCAAUUCCAAAGGGAUCAACUGCCCACGAAGCUACCCAAGAUAUCAUCAAUAAACAAUUACCAGAAUUAAAGAGAUUAAAAGAUGCUGGUGAAAUCUCACCAAGCAAUAUCGAUGUAUUCUUAGAAAAGGGAUUCUUUGAAUAUGAAGACACAAAGAAAAUAUUAGAAGCUGGUAAACAAUUAGGUUUAGAAUUAAAUUUCCACGGUGACGAAUUAUCAUACAUGAAAUCUGGUGAAUUAGCUGGUGAAUUGGGUGCCAGAGCUAUCAGCCAUUUAGAAAAAGUCAGUGAAGAAGGUAUGAAAACUAUGGCCGCUACACCAACAUUUGCUGUCCUCUUACCAACCACCGCAUAUAUUCUUAGAUUAGAAUGCCCACCAGCACGUAGAAUGAUCGAAUUGGGUGUACCAGUUGCCCUUGGUAGUGACUUUAAUCCAAAUGCCCAUUGCUUAUCAAUGCCAUUCGUUAUGAACUUAGCCUGUGUCUUAAUGAAAAUGAAUAUGAACGAAGCUUUAGUCGCUGCUACCAUCAAUGCUGCAGCUUCCAUUAACAAAUCUUCAACUCAUGGAUCUUUAGAGGUUGGUAAAUUUGCAGAUUUCGUUAUUUUAAAUUCAAGUAAAUGGGAACACAUUAUUUACGAAUUAGUCGAUCCACCAAUUUCCCAUGUUGUUAAAAAAGGUAGUUUAGUUUUUAGCAAUAAGGAUUGUUAAGGUAAUAAAAUAUUUCAAAACG